AUCAAUAAAGCAAAAGUAGCAUGUGUAAUGUUACAUUCUAUAGGCUAAUGUUAUACCCUCAGUAGCUAGCUAGCUAGCUAGCUAAUGCUACACUUUUCAGGGUUUUGGAAUGGGGGGCUUUUGACCUCUCCAGGUAACAAAUCAGCCUGAAAAUAAAGAAUACCUUGCAUGUAGUCUGUGGAGCACCACUGUGGUGUUGUUGUUGGGCCCUUGUCGGAGCUGGCCAGUGCUACGCUCUGAUUGAUCAGCCUGCUUUCAAUGGCCGGGACUUAGUGAAGGGUCAAUUAAGUUUGAAAAAAGCUAUCAAGUUAGGUCUAAUCAAGAAAACCCAGCUGUCUACAGGGUGGAUUAGUGACUAGGCUGACAGCUUUCUCCCCUUUAAUGGAGCAAGGCUAGCAGUUCCCCCCUGCUUCCAGUCUUUGUGCUAAGCUAGGCUAAACAUGUUCUGAUACCCAUCUACUCAAUUGCCUCUGGGGAAGAAAGAGAACGUUGUUUCUCCAGUCUUCUCAGUAGACUGUCCAUUAUAGUCAUACUGUAGGUGCGGUGUAAAGUGCGUGUGUGUGUGUGUGUGUGUGUGUCUUUAAGCAGCUCAAACAGUAGAGCGUCUCAGUGUUUGUUCAGUCUGUCAAUGAGUAAACCUGUAGCAGGAACAACUCCUCACAUACAGUGAACCUGAAGUCACAGCUGUCUGCACCAUGGACACAGGAGUCAGUCCGGGUCAUUAACGCACUGCUGAUUCACGUCUUGCUGAGCUGAACUGAGAGAGAGCAAGUGAUAAUGGCAGCCGUCGGAGCAGAGGUCGCUGGGUCGUGGUUCCUGUCAGGAGUGGCUGGUUUCUUCAUCCUUCUCGUGCUCCUCUCCAUCUUCCUUACAGCACUCUGCAGCGACUGCAACAAACGUUCUUUUGAGCUGCGAGAGUCUGAGGCGGACAAAAAUCCUUCAACUCUUAUCAGAGUGGUUAAGCUGGAAGAGGCCAUGGUGGCGAGAGAGAAUCCGAUGAUCAAUGAGAUACAAAAUGAUGAAAAAGAUUUUAAUCCUGGUCAAGAAAACACAGUCUCCUUCACUCCUUGGAGGAGCCACUUGGGGGCGCCACAGAACCACCAAGAUGCUCAGACCAAUGGCAGUGCAGCAGUGAUAAAGACAGCAAGUGUUUCUGACACUGCAGGAGAGUCAAAUCCUAAAGAGGAAACCUCUGUCACGUUCACUCCGUGGAGGAGCCACCUGAGGGAGCCACCUAACCAGGGUCUGGAUCUCUGUUUUUGUGACAUAACAACUAGAACAAGAACGAAUCAUAUCUACCACACCAUUGGUGAAGGGCGGAGCAGCAGCGGAGGUGAUGCUGACCAGUCAUCAUUACCAACCAAUCAGGAGCAAGAGGAGGAGCACAGCGCUCCCUCUGCAGUGGCGGGGGAUUUGAUCGACAAUAAAUCAGUGUAUGCACGAGUCAGCAAAAAGGCGACACCGACCACACCCCCUGUUUAUACACAUGAGGAGGUGCAGGUGGAGGAGGAGAAGGAGUCUUUACCUCCACUGCCUGAUAGGAUGUCUCUGGAGGGAUGACGUGUGAAGUGUGAAAGGACAAAGACUGAAAGACGGCAGCUAAAGGGCAAAAAAUGAAAGACUAGGAACAAAUGAUAAAGGAUGAAAUCUAAGUGAACAAGGACGAGAAAUAGAGAUAGGAUACAAAAAGAUAAAAGACAACAAAGGAUGAAGAAAGAAGGAUAAUGGUGUGUUUCCACAAAACACAAUGGAAAUUUUUGCCUUGUGUUGCUCGUGGGAAUACAGGCACUGUAGUGCCACUGGUGAAUAUUUGCCCUGAAGAGCUGUUCUAACAGCUGUGCUAACCUAACUGGGGAAGGCAGCUACCAGCUAAAGUAAAGUAAAACUGAUGGCUGGAAUAAAGUCAUGUCAAUACGGUAAACACGGAAGCCCCACAAUCUGAAGCACCAAGAAAAAAACACUCUAUUAUUUUUUCAUCUUGUCCAGAGCAGCACAUUACUACUUAACUCCUCCCAUGUUACCUGUCACAAUAGACCAACUAAAAUUACUCAGAGCAUUCUGCUAAGAAGCAGCUCAACAAAAACAGUGGCAUGCAAAAGUUUGGGCACCCCUGGUCAAAAUUUUGUUUACUGUGAGUUGUUAAGUCAGGAGAAGACGAAUUGAUUUCCAAAAGGCAUGAAGUUGAAGAUGACACAUUUCUUCAGUAUUUUAAUGAUGUUUAGGUCGGGGGACUGUGAGGGCCAUGGCAACACCUACAGCUUGCUCCUCUUGAGGUAGUCCAUUGUGGAUUUCGAGGUGUGGUUAGGAUCAUUGUCCUGUUGUAGAAGCCAUCCUCUCUUCAUCUUCAGCUUUUUUACAGAUGGUGUGAUGUUUGCUUCCAGAGUUUGCUGUACUAUAAUUGAAUCCUUUCUUCUCUCUAACUGUGAAAUGUUCCCUGUGCCACUGGCUGCAACACAAGCCCAAAGCCUGAUAGAUCCACCUCCGUGUUUAACAGUUAGACAGGUGUUCUUUACAUGAAAUUCUGCACCCUUUUUUCUCCAAACAUACCUUUGCUCAUUGUGUCCAUAGAGGUCUAUUUAACUUCAUCAGUCCACAGGACUUGUUUCUAAAAAUCAUCAGGCUUGUUUAGAUGUUCCUUUGCAAACUUCUAAUGCUGAAUUUUGUGGUGAGGACACAGGAAAGGUUUUCUUCUGAUGACUCUUCCAUGAAGGUCGUAUUUGUACAGGUGUAUCUGUACAGUAGAACAGUGCACCACCACUCCAGAGUCUGCUAAAUCUUCCUUCAGGUCUUUUACAGUCAAAUGGGGGGUUUGAUUUUAUAUGAGCAGCUCUCUUGGAAAGUUUUCUUGGUCUUCCAGACCUCAACUUGACCUCCACAGUUCCUGUUAACUGUAAUUUCUUAAUUAUGUUAUGAACUGAGGAGACACCUACCUGAAAACACUUUGCUAUCUUCUUAUAGCCUUCUCCUGCUUUGUGGACAUCAGUUACUUUAGUUUCCAGAGUGCUAGGCAGCUGUUUAGUGGAGCCCAUGGCUGCUGAUUGUUGGGACAAGGUUUUAGGAGUCAGAGUAUUAUAAAGCCAUGAAAUCUGCAUCAUCUGUUCUUUCCUAAUGAUAAUUGUAAAGAAGAAAGAGCCCUAACAAGCUAAUUAAGGUCUGAGACCCUGGUAAGUUUCCUGAGAGCUCAAAUGUCUUGGGGUGUCCAAUCUUUUGCAUGGUGCUCCUUUUCUUUUUUUGCUCUAAAAUUGUACAAAACAAAAACAAUACACUGAUCUUGCUUAGAAUGUCGAAAUACUUAUUUCAUCUUUAACUUCAUGCCUUGAUCAGUUUAUCUGCUACAUAAUUAACUGUAAUUAACACAGUAAAUACAUUUUUGACAAAGGGUGCCCAAACGUUUGCAUGCAACUGUAGCUUAAGAGGUAUCAGAUACAUAUUUUCACAACUUACAAUAUAGUCCUAUGGCUUCACUCACUUUUCUCUGAGCCCUCUCCUUUUUGUUCUGUCUCCAUACUGAUGUUGAGUUGAAGAGCUUUGGGUGUCACACAGAGGGCAACAAUAAGUUAUUCCACCAUUUCUGAUUCUCAGUGAAAUCAGGAGGAUCUCAGCCAGAUCUCAACACUGAUAGGCUUUUGCAACACAGCGUCACGUGAAUUUCUUGUACAAGUUGAAAAUUUUUAACUCAUUUCAUGUCAUUCACAUGCAGUACAAAAUGCUUGCUUUGCCAACGGCGUGAACGCACCGACAAACAAUCAAACUUAAGAUAAAGGACAAAACACCGAAACAUAUAACUUACAUUUGUGCUUCUAAAAAUGCUAUCCAAGUUAAUUAUUAAACAUAACGGGAUGAGCUUAUCCAGUGAUUUGGCAUUAGUGACAUUAGUUGGAACUUACUGAAGAUUUAGAACAAAUCAAUCAAAGAAAUAAAAAGAAAAACAACACAUGUUAUUACAUGUUCUUACACUGUAUGUAAGGACUUUUUUCAGGCUUUACACGUCUUGACUUUGCUUUUUGUGUUGAGAUUUGAUUUUAAUGUGGCAUGGUAAAUUAUUGUAAUGACCCCUGACUGCUGAAAGUGCAGAUAAGAUGUAUAUUUUUCUAUAAUAAAGCUAUGCAGUUUAAAAAGA